CAUUUCGUCCGCGUCGCGCCCGACGAGGUCAGCAUCUCUCACCCGGACGCCGUGCGGAAGGUGUUCCUAGCUCCGUUGACCAAAGGCUACUGGUAUGCCGGCUUCACCAUCCCAGACUGGCGCUAUGUCUCCCCGAUGUCCAUCCUCGACCCCCGCGCCAAGAUGGAAUUGUCCAAGGCGUUGUCGCCGGGCUAUGCACUAUCCAACGUCUUACAGUCCGAAGAGGCCGUCGGUCGGCUUAUCGAGCGGCUCAUGAACUGGAUGGAUGUAUUUGCGCGUGACGGUAAACCCAUGGAUUUAGACGAGUAUCUGUCGUAUACCACGCUGGAUAUUGUAGGCGAGGUGGUUUUCUCAAAACCUUUCGGA